CCUUUACGUGCUUUUCUAUAUUACUACUAUAUAUUUCUUGUUUUGUCACAAGAAAAAUUCGCAUAGAAUUUCUUUGAUGGAAUUUUCAGAUUUUCAAUUGAUGUUUAUGGCUCUUUUACUUUUCUAGACCAAUAACAACAUGCUAAUUAACAAGUUAGCUUCAUUUUUUUUAUUUCUUUCUUCUCUUUUUCAAUUUCAGAAAGUGGUAGUAAAAGUAGCAGUUCAAGAUGAGAAAGGGAAGCAGAAGGCUAUGAAGUCAGUUUCUAGCCUACCAGGAAUCGAAUCGCUUGCGAUGGACAUGAAUGAGAAGAAAAUGACAGUGAUAGGGAAUGUGGAUCCAGUGGAAAUUGUGAACAAAUUGAAGAAAUCGUGCCCACAAAUACUAACAGUGGGGCCAGCAAAAGAAGCAGAGAAGAAGGAAGGUGAGAAGAAAGAAGAGAAGAAAGAUGAAAAGAAGGAUGAUACUAAGAAAAGCGAGAGUGAACAAAUUGCAGAACUACUCAAAUUGUAUAAGAAUUACAACCCUUGUGCCACACAGUACUACCAUGUCUAUAGUUCUGAGGAAAACCCUAAUGCUUGUGUCAUUUCUUGAUGCUAAUAAUUAUCUCUCUUAUUUAGUUGUGCA